AUGAAGGGACUAGCUGUGGAUUUCUCUUUUGCGCUUCUUCUUCUGCUGGUGGAUUUGGUUUUGGGUCUCGCUGCGCAGACCUUUCCUGGGAUGCAUCCUGACGCACUGCUCCGUGGGAGUGCCGGGUCCAGACGCACCGUGCAGAGGCAGCAGGGCAGCAGGCUGCCCCUCUACAUGAUGCAGCUCUACCGGACCAUGCUGACCGAGGACCGGGACAGGACUCCGGCUGCCAGCCUGAGCCACAUCAGGGUGGAAGACAACCCCGGGCUGCACGCCUCUGACUCUGUCGUCAGCCUUGUUGCAAAGAGCUGCCUGCAGGUUGGCAACAAGUGGUCCAUCACCUUUGACCUCUCCUCCAUGUCUGCAAGCGACAACAUCCAACUGGCUGAGCUCCGCAUCCGCCUCCCUGCCUUCUCAGAGUCUUCCCACGCCUCAGUGGACAUCUACCAUUCCCACAGGGACGGAUGCUCUGGCAUGCACUGCCCGGAGAACAAGCUUCUCUUGGGCCGCCUGAGAGCUCAUCCCAGCUCCAUGGUCUCCCCUUCUUCCUGGAAGGUGUUCAACAUGACGGAGAUGCUCAGUCGCUGGCUGCAGCAGGAGCAGUCCACACAGAGGAUGGAGGAGGAGGUGGAGGAGAAGCAGGAGGGAGUCCAACACUCUACAAUCGACCGGGUCAUGAUGGUGGUCUACUCAAAGCAGAACCCAAACAGCCAGCGAAUGCCGACACUCAUCCGCACAGCAGAGCACUCCAAGUACGUCAGCCUGGACCGGGAGCGAGGGGCAGCCAGCCUUGGGUCCAGACCGAGGAGCCGCAGGUCCAGGAGGCACCAUCACGCUCAUCAGCAGAGACAGAGAGUGGCUGGAGCUGCUCCUGUCAACAAGCCCACAGAGGAGGAGAAGAAGGGUCCUCUCUGCAGGAAGGUGGACAUGAUGGUGGAGUUUAAGAAGCUCGGCUGGAGCGAGUGGAUUGUCUAUCCUAAGCAGUACAAUGCCUAUCGCUGUGAGGGGAGCUGUCCUACACCUGUGGAUGAGACCUUCACUCCAACCAACCAUGCAUACAUGCAGAGCCUUCUGAAACUUCACCACCCAGACAAGGUGCCAUGUGUGUCCUGUGUGCCAACACGCCUGGCUCCGCUCUCCAUGCUGUACUUCGAGAACGGGAAGAUGGUCAUGAGGCAUCACGAGGACAUGGUGGUGGAGGAGUGCGGCUGCCACUGA